AUGCGGAGAGGGAUGGCAGAAAGCGAAACAAAAAGACAACCGGGGGAGCGCUCAGGUAGUGGGGUGGGCCGGGGGUCGCGCGUCCGUCCUGGGAAGGAUCGGAACCACCCGCCACCCCACCCCGCCCUGGCCAACUUUGAGGGGCUGCCGCGGGCCGCCGGCCGAGAGGCACCGACCAGCCUUAGCGUUUUCCCAGCGCUCCUCCGGCCCGCCUCGCUCAUCACCAUCUCCACCGCCACCACUUGCAAAACAAUACUGGCAGCGGCACGCAGGCUCCCCGAGCGAAAUAUAUAA